AACGUUCAAAAACUAAACCACUGCACAAAAAAAUCAAGGGGACUAAACACCAUGGAAACCUGGGUAUAACAUAAACUGAACAUGACCCACAGUCAGGUGAUGACUCCACCUGCAGAGAUGAACCAGAUUGUACCCAAGCACUCUCAAAGAGCACCAGUUCAAAUCAUCAUUCAGAUUCUAGUACACUCCACAAGGAUCCUGUGGUAGUGCUAACCAGGUUGGCUGAGGUGGUGGUUAAGACACUUCUGAGAGACAUUAAAGUGUGUUUGGUGAAGGAGGUGACAGAUGUCAGGAAGGAUGAAGACAACCAUGGAGGCAGGACAUACUGUUUAACAUACUACAACAGUCUACUCCCAACAGUGCAGUUUAAAUGGGUGAUGGUUACUGGAACAUUCAUAUUAAUGUCGGCAAGGACUAUUGAUUGAGGAAAAUUACAUUUACCAUUAUGGUCUCCCCUUUUCCCUCCUCUUAUCAUACCCAUCUCUUCUAUCCCUCACUCUCAGGUUCUCCUCAGUUCUUUCCUUGUCCACACUGCACCAUCUCCUUUACUGAUUGUUAUUUCCUAGAGAAUCACAUCAAGAACAAACACCAGAAGCAGUACCUGGCCAUGUUGAAAAGCCAAGUCUCAAAGAGUAAAAGAGUGUACGGCCCCACACACAGCUGUCUCCACUGUAGCUGCAUGUUCCAUACACCACGACAGCUAGACAUUCAUACCCGCCAGGCCCACCCCUCUGCCCGUCCCCAGAAACCUGCCCCUCCCCGGAGAACUGGCCGUCCCCACAGGGUUCAGGAGAAAUUCCACACCUGCCCACAGUGUUCCCGCAGAUUCAAGUAUCUGGGCAGCCUGCUGAAGCACUGCAAGAGUUUGCACAACAUAUCCAUUGUUCUCACCGAUGGACACAUCAGUUACGCGGACUGUGAGAAGAGCUUUGAGAAUUUCUGGAGCCUGGGGCCUUACCGGUGUCACGAACCAGAGGGUUCUAGACCUAAGGACACUAAACAGGUGAUCUGUUUGGAAGUCGGCUUCCAAUGCUUAGAUUGUGGCAAGAUCGUCACUACUCUUACAAGCCUGAACAGUCACAUGCGCAUCCACACUGGUGAGAAACCUUAUGUCUGCAAGGAGUGCGGCAAGUGCUUCUCAGAUACCAGCGCUUACCGUUAUCACUUGUUAAUACACAAUGGGGUCAAGCCAUUCAAAUGCCAGGACUGA